CUUUAUGUAGAGUACUACAAGUUAGAAAUAGGAUUCAGUUAGUUAUCAAGACAUAAUGGAAAAAGUUAGCUAAAGAAUUUCUAAGAAAGAGUAAAUAGAGAUGAAAAGAUAAUUGGACGUCAUGAUAAAUAGAGUUAAAAUGUUGGAAGUAUUUCGAUAACGAUUGUAAUUGUUCUAAGUAUUUAGAUAAGGGAAACAGAUUUAAAGCGAAAUAAAGAAUGAACAAGUGAAUAGCAUCAGAAAUCAAUAUAACGAAUACUUGAAGAAUGUAUGUUAAGAUAUCUAUUUAGUAAAGUAAACAUAAAGAAUCUAGGGAGUAAUCUCUGGAACUUUUUAGAGAAAAAACGAAGCUUUUAAAACAAUAGCAAUUUAAUCUAAAAGUUUAGAUUCGAUAAAGCGUGCAGUAAUAGAAGAAGGAAUAAUUUGAGUAAAUGAAAAAGCAAUCUCUUAAUCAUGAUAAAGUUAUUGUUCUCUAGAAGGAAAGAUCAAAAUCAUAUAAUGUUGAAAAGAAAUAAAAAGUUCAACUAUAUGAAUAACAAUAAUAAUUAAACUUAGCUAUGUAUAAAUAAUAAAAAUAAGAUUAAUUUAAAUCUUAACAUAAAAAAGCAGUACUUGAUAGCUUUAAGUAAAAGGCUUAAGACUUUAUGAAAAUUCAGUAAUUGUGGGAAUAAGAAUAAGACAUUUUAGAUAAGCUAAAUGAAUCUUAUCAUUCAAAAUUGACUUUAUCCAUGAUUAAUAACUGA